CGCGCGCGUACACCAACAUGGAGGAUUUCGCGCGGGAAAAUCGAUUGUUUUUUUUUCUACGCAACGAAAAAUGAAAAAGCUAUGUGUCGAAGAUGCGAUCGUAUUGUCUGGUGGUCUUGUGUUUUGUGCUUGUGCGUUUUGGUGCGAGUGUGAAAUUGGAUUUUGGACGAAUUUCGAAUAGGACGGAGCCGCGAGGGUUUUUUGGCGGAGGCGGCAUCUUCUCCCUGGGCAAGGUCCUUAACUUCUUCCCCGUGGGCGGAGAGAGGGAGUGCUCCCCGGCCGGCUUCAACAUCGCCAAGUCCGGCAUCUGCCUCAACCCCUACGACUGUCGGCAGCGCGAGGGCAGGCCGGCGGGGGACUGCGCGCACGGCCUGGGAGUGUGCUGCUUGUUCGAGGUAACCUGCGGCUACGUGGUGUCACACAACGUCACCUAUUUCCUGUCCCCCGGGUUCCCCGAGCUGUGGUCUGCUGAGGGGAACUGCAGCAUCAGGGUGGAUGCCGCCCAUGCUGGCAUCACGCAGCUGAGGGUGGACUUCCUGCACUUCACCAUUGGUCAGCCUAAUCGGAUGACUGGAGAGUGUGACGAGGACAGGAUGAUGCUGGGGGAGGGAGAAAGCAAUAUCACGCUGUGCGGACAGAACCAUGGCCAACAUAUAUACUACACCAUACCCCCUCGCAACGAGACCCGUGAAGAGGGGGAACUCCCUCGCACUCAUGGUACGACCCUGGAGGUGCGAGCUGUAGGGGAGGUACCACGGCUGUUCCUUAUGCGGAUAACCCAGCUGCCACUCGCUCAUGCCGCGCCGCAUAACUGCUUGCAGUAUUACACUGGUGAUAAUGGUACAAUACGAACGUUUAACUACGCGUCGAACGGUCGUCAUCUGGCCAGCCAGGAGUACCGCGCGUGCGUUCGUCGCAACUCCGGCUUCUGUUCCAUCCGGUACGCGCAGUGCGACCGCCGGUCCUUCCGAAUUGGCAGUAGGGGCCCGACGAUGAUGAAUACUAUAGGUGGGCUGGACGCUCUGGAGCCUGUGUCCAGUACUCCAACAGCAGUACAGAGUGACAUGCUACCAAUGAAUGUUACAGAGGCACCACCUCAAAUGCCGGUUAUGAAUGAUGAUGAUGACGAUGAUGAAGAGGGUUCCGGGGCUGAUCCUCUGAUAAUCGAGCAGCGACCAGUUUCCAAUAAGACUCAACCGAGCGCCAUGUCACGGAUAUGGAACUUCAUCCUCCCCAUUUGGAUGUGGGGUAGAAGCGGGCGUGGGGGGCGGGUGCUGCGCUGGUCGCCAUACCUGCAGCACCUAGACGGGGGGACCCUGCAGUACUUCGGAUAUGGCACCUCAGGGGCUUCAGGGUAUGGACGCCAAAGGUGCACGGAUAGGAUCAGCAUACCCUGCGAGAACGAGUAUUUUGUUUAUGGCCAAGGGCUUGGUGUCUGCGACCCGUACCACUGCGGGAACAGCUUCUGCCCCGGUCAGCUAUACGAGGACUGCUCAGUUCAGACGUCCAUCACGCCCUUCGCCGUGUCGGUCCACUUCGGUCCGCCGACCCUGAAGAACAACCCUGAAGAGAACAUCGGAGUCUGCCUGCAGUACCGACAAGUGCCCUGUAAUGAGUAGGGUACGAAUACGCUCUCUUCUUCAA